AGCACCCUCCAAAAAAUAAAAAAUACCCAUAUUCUUCUAAUUGACAACGCUGAAGCAGGAUCUUUCUCGACAAGAUGGCGCACCGCGUCGACCGGAUCGCGAAUCAGGUCGUCGCAGCGAGCCAGACGGACAGCGGAGGUGGAGGCGACACAAUUACAAUCACGGAUAACAGGAAUGGGAAAAGGUAUAAUAGAUUGAGAUUUUUGGUUGAUGUAUAAGAAGACCUGCGUGACAAAUCCUGCAGCCGCAUUUUUUUUGUUAUUCGAAAUUGGCUUUUUUUUUCAGUGCACGACAACAUCACAAACGUACUCCCACAUCACCAGCUACAAGCUCGCCAUCACGAACAACACCAUCAAAGCGACGGAUCUGAAGCAAGUGAAAGACGCAAACGGCGCCCCGUUGAAAACAUUUGAUCCGGGGUACAUGAACACCACGUGCUGUAUCUCCCGUAUUUCCUGUAUGGGAGUGUCAGGAUCGAAAUCAUCAAAGUUGAAAUAAUCUGUAAUGCAAAAAAGCGAUACCAGCUGGAGCCCAGGUUGCAAGUUGCGCAUGACAAAUUUAGGCAGCAUGGAAAUCCAAUUUGUCAUGCUGUUUGGGCAGAGAAGACCGCUUUUGUCAUGCUAUUUUAGCAGCUCUAUCUCACACCCCAAGCAGGAGUAUAAUCGGCCUCAGUUGCCUGCUCUGCAAGACAGGCAUUUUGCGUCUAGCAUUUUAUAUAUGCGUCACAAACUAUUUCUAUUUCAACUUUGACGAUUUCAAUUCUGACGCUUCCAUAUCCUUCAUCGACGGGGACAAGGGAAUUCUCCGGUACCGCGGCAUCCCGAUCGAGCAAUUAGCCGCCCAGUCGAACUACCUGGAGGUGGCCUAUUUGCUGAAUUACGGAAAUCUACCCGACGCGAGCCAGCUGAAGUCGUGGAACACGGCGAUCAUGGAACACGUGCACGUGUUAUCACAAGAAAAAAUUUUAUACGUUUACGGAACUGUUGGAACUUGUGAUGCAGCAAUGCAUCACAAAAGCAAAACGUGCCCAAAUCUGUCCUCAUUCAUAACCUGCAUACUAGGGGGCUAUAUUUGUGAUCAUGCAUGGCUGCAAUCUGUGAAGACCGUAAACGUGAACACUUUUUCUUGUGAUACGUGUCGGAGGAUUUGGUGAAAAUGCAUGCAACCUUCCGGUACGACGCACACCCGAUGGGGAUGAUCACAGCAGCGUUUGCGGCUCUGGGCACGAUUUACCCGGAGCAAAAUCCCGCGCUGGCGGGGCAGGACAUGUAUUUUUUUGAGAACAACCUAGAAGAAGAUGUUGCUGGAGGCGGACAUCUAGUUCUCUAUUUGAUUUUACUUCAAAUUCAAGCUGCUACGUUCACGCUCACGUUGGAUGAAGAAGACAUGAAUAUGACCUUAGCUACUUCUACUUCGCACUACGAAGAAGAUAUUAAACAUAAACUUGCAACUAGUGAACAAAAACUACAAUCAGCUACAAGUCCGCUGAAGUACGCAACAAGCAGAUCGCCCGUGUGAUCGGCGCCGGCCCCACGCUCGCCGCCAUGGCGUACAGGCACAGACUAGGAAGACCCAUGGUGGCGCCAAAUGAAAAUCUUGGGUACACGGAGAAUUUUCUCUACAUGCUCGACGUGAUGAACGAGGGACCGAGUUAUCGACCACACCCGACGCUCGUGAAGGCGAUGGACGUUUUGCUCCUGCUCCACGCCGAGCACGAAUUGAACUGUUCGACGUCGGCCAUGCGCCACUUGGCCUCCUCCAACGUGGACGUCUAUACGGCGAUCGCCGGAGCCUGCGGCGCCUUGUAUGGGCCGAGGCACGGUGGCGCGAACGAAGCGGUGCUGCGGAUGCUGGAUUCGAUUGGGCAUGUGUCGAAGGUGGACGAAUUUAUCGCGAAGGUGAAAAACAAGAAGGCGAAGUUGAUGGGGUUCGGGCAUCGGGUACAGUUCUUGUAUUUCGACUUUACACUGUAAUAUUUCGUCGAAUUGCGUAUCAUGAUAUGUAGUUUUGUCUGACGGGGAAGUUUAUCGUGGGUGGUAAAUUUUUUAUUCUCCAUGCCGGUGCGUAAUAAUUUCCAGCAGAGCGCUCUGCAACUCCUCAUCACAAGUUGGUUGAAUCGUUGUGCAAAAGAACAAAAUAAUCUUCGUCAGGUGUACAAGUCGUACGACCCGCGCGCCAAGGUCGUCCGCAAGAUUCUGGACGACGUUUUUGCGCUCACCGGCCCCGACCCGCUGAUUGACGUGGCGAUGCAGUUGGAGAAGAUCGCUCUCUCGGACGACUACUUCAAGUCGAAAAAGUUGUACCCAAACGUCGACUUCUAUUCCGGCCUGAUUUACAAGGCCAUGGGCAUCCCAACGGACGUGUUCACCGUUCUCUUUACGAUCCCGCGGUUGUCCGGGUGGCUGGCGCACUGGUCCGAGUGGGUCCAGGACCCGGAAAACAGAAUCUACAGACCAUUCCAAGUUUACAAGGGUACACUAAAGCGGUCGUUCUUUAUCUUGGUGUAGUGAAAUACUCACAGCUCGCUCACCGUCUACUACGUAUGGUGUCAUAUCACUUUACUUUUUUCACUUACACAUGGACGUGUUUCAAAGUGAAAGCGUUUCGCUUUUUUGAAAAGCCGCAUCUUCAUCGACGAAACAUCAUAAAUCAUACAAAACGACAGGCGAAGUGCUCCGCGAUUACGAGCCGGUUGGCCGUCGGAAACCGGUCGACUUACACCCCAAGAUUGCCCGAUCGGCAAUCAACCGCAGAAGGGACGUGACGUUGGGCAAGGUCAAACCAGAGUACUCACGGAUUUUGCACGGGCAGGAUAACUAAGGGAGGGAGCACAUGCAGAUAGUGUCUCCACCAGCAUAUUAUUGCCGCACUAAUAUAAAACUAAAACAGUUUUUUAAAAACAAUAAGACGGUCACGAUGUCGAAUCAACUUUACACGAACAUGGCGUCUCGGGCAGCUACAAGAAGUCCUGAGACAUACUUCAUUUUACAAAAGAGAGAAUCAAAAGAAAAGGGAAUCUUCACAGGUAUUUAUCAGGCGUGAAUGAUCUGCAUUAUUAACUGGCAGAAGGGCCACCUUAGGUCAGAAACAAAAUUUUCCAUUGUAUGUCAACGCUGUACACUUCUACGGCCAGUUCUUACGAGGGUUGUCUAGUAACUAAGGGAAAAAUAACGCCACGAAGAAGAAAGGCAUUGCCACUAUCGGAUGUGUACAUAACUCGCGAAUUUGGAUUCAAUACUUAUUUUCCAUCCAUUUUUAAUAUUCUCAUUGAUUAAAGGCCACACCGAAUCAGGAAUAGAAAAAGCAAAAGGCAAUUUUUUCAGCAAUAGACGGAGUACAACAAGUAUUUUUGCGCAAAUAGCAGCGGGCGGGAUGGGUCCAGUGCGGCUAAUAGUAACAAGGAGAGAAGAGACUCCUGCAUUAGUUCUUGAUCUGGGUUGGUAUACUCAAGAAAGGGCGCACUCUUCUCCGGGAAGCUGCAGCGACAAGCAGACUCCUGGAAGUACCGGACCGGCGCCGCUUGAAAUUGAUCAUAGAUAGAAUGACCGUGCUAUACUCGUCUGUUCGACUCAACUUAAGUUCAAAUAAACUAUAUCUAUGAUGGCCCUGCGGCGCUAGUACAGUG